AGCUCUCAUACAGCAGGACAGAGCUGGGAGCAGCUAGAGCGUUUCAUUACCCUAUUGAGGAAAAGCAGGGUGAAGUGGAGGUCUCCUGGGUCCUUCUGAUAGCGGCCAGACUGGUCUUAGGAUUACUGUCACCUGCAAACCCAUUUCCUCCGUACAGUCUUAGUGGGCAACUGAAUAAGGCGUCCUCAUGACUUCUCUCUCGGACCAUGUCCAUGAUCCUUUUCGCCUGCAUCGUACGGGUGAGGGAUGGACUGCCCCUCUCAGCCUCCACUGACUUUUACCACGCCCAGGAGUUUCUGGAAUGCAGGAGGCAGCUCAAGACCUUAGCCCAGCGGCUGGCUCGGCAUCCAGGCCGCGGCUGUGCAGAAAGCUGUGACUUCCGUAUCUAUUUUUCAUCAUUGGGGGACGUGGCCUGCAUGGCCAUCUGCUCGCGCCAGUGCCCGGCAGCCAUGGCCUUCUGCUUCCUGGAGACUCUGUGGUGGGACUUCACAGCUUCCUAUGACACCACCUGCAUCGGCCUGGCCUCCCGGCCCUACGCCUUUCUUGAGUUUGACAGUGUCAUUCAGAAAACAAAGUGGCAUUUUAACCACAUGAGCUCCUCUCAGAUGAAGAGUGGCUUAGAAAAGAUCCAAGAGGAGCUGGAGUUCCAGCCUCCAGCAGUCCUGUCCCUGGAGGACACAGAUGUGGCAAAUGGCAUGCUGAACGGCCACACCCCAGUGCACUCUGAACCUGCUCCGAACCUCCGGAUGAAGCCAGUGACAGCCCUGGGUGUCCUCUCCCUUGUUCUCAACAUCAUGUGCGCAGCCCUGAACCUCAUCCGCGGAGUUCACCUUGCAGAGCAUUCUUUACAGGUUGCCCGGGAGGAAGUUGGAAACAUCCUGGCUUUCUUUAUUCCAUCUGUGGCUUGCAUCGUCCAGUGUUAUCUGUACCUGUUCUACAGUCCAGCCCGGACUCUGAAGGUGCUGCUGAUGCUGGCCUCCAUCUGCCUGGGCAAUGCAUACCUGCACGGGCUGAGGAACACCUGGCAAAUCCUCUUCCAUGUAGGAGUGGCUUUUCUGUCUUCCUAUCAGAUCCUGACCAGACAGCUACAGGAGAGGCAGUCUGACUACGGAGUGUGAUGAGGGCAUCCUGCAGUGGAUGGCACCUUUGAUUUUUUUCCCCCCUCUGGAAGGCCAGUCUGUUUCCACUCCUGCUUCUCAACUUCACCUCAAACUUCCAUCCUUGACGCUCCCAAGGUCACAGAUUCUGGCAGGUGCAGCGGAGGACCCGGGGCUGCUGGUUGCCAGUCCUGGUCUGUGUGCAACGUUUGUGCAGAACCAACAGCCAAGCCAGGACAGGGUAGCUGGAGCAGGAGCUUGUUCAGAGAGCACCUGCGAUGGUCAGAGCGGCGGUAUCGCGGUCUCCCGAUAAAUCUAAUAACUGCAAACCACUAGAUUCCAUUUAGUAACUGGCAGGUGUCUGAGGAAACUCUUCAAAGUAGGUGCCAGUUUGCAGGUUCAGUGUAAUUCAGUUUUCCUAAUGGUGUCAGCACAGGGUAAAUUAAAGCUUGAGAAUACGGUUCACAAACACAAGCUAGGUAAAUUUUGUUUACGUUUUUGAUAACUUGGAUUCGAUAAACUUUUAGAAUAUUUAAAUAUAUUUUGGAUAUAAAUUGAAGCUCAUUCAGAAUGAAGCAAACUUAGGCUGAGAAAAUGCUAAGGAAAUCCGAGUUUAUUUAAAUUACAGAGACCUUUUAUGGUGGUGGGGCUUUAUGGAUACAUAUGUAGUUUAUAUUUAUUUGCAUAAUCUAUCUGAAUUAUGUUUGGAUUAAUAACCAGGAUCACUGGAUCAUAAGCACACAGACACGAGGAGAUGCAGGGUCCUCUCAGUGGGCAGAGUGAGGGGGAUGCCAGGGUUUCAGAGGUCCUUGACAGAAAUGGGGGAGGCUGCUGUUAUCCGCCUGUGUUGUGGCAGCUGUGUGCUCACCACUGUAGCACUGUUGGAGAUGUGGACCUGCACACCUCCUCCUAGAGAGGCCUCCCAAGUUAAUUACUCCUCCGAGCCUCCCUUGAGCAUCUUAAUUAGACCACAGGCCUCGUUUUAUGGACAGGUAUUGAGUAGGUGUUAAUGCUCGAGAGCUUUGUGUAACUGGCACAUGCUCUGUACUUCGGAGUAAGAACUCCUGUAUCUCCAGUGUGGGUAUCUGGUGUACUCAAGAAACCAUGUUGGGGUUCACCCCUCUGGCUUAUUCUUGGGAUAUACCCGCAAUUUUGUGGGUUGGCUCACGAGGCUCCAAAGUGAUAAACCCUAUUUUGGUAGUUUUUAAAAGAGAAAACCAUCCUAAAAGUUAGAGUACUGGGGGAAGCCAGAGAGUAGGCUUAGAGAAUCCUGUUAAAUUUGUAGCUGUCACUGGUACCCUGUGCUAAUCAGCCACCAGGUAUCAUUUCAGGAACGAGGUUAAGUGACCCAGAACUGGAUUGAAAAAGUAUCUCCAUUGUAAUUUUCUUUCCUUAUAAGAGAAUUUUCUAUUUUUAAUCAAUCUGCAAUGUCUGGGUAUGGAUGUCGUAUUGGCAGCAUUCUUGGACGCGUGAACUUCAGCCUUGUGUCAAUGUUGGUCUCAUACCUGUGUACCUUUGUGUAUGUUGUGUAGGCAAAUGCUCUCUCUUCCUGACAGAGAAUUUUGAAGUGGGAAAGAGAAAGGCAGAGAAAGAAGAAAAUUCUUUUAAUUUAAGGCACACAUUCAAAAAAAAAAUUUAAAGUAAUUAAAGAAAAAUCAGCCUAAAACUGUACUGUUUCCCUCCUAAGCCCGUGUGCUUCUGUGCCUGCUCUCUGUCUGGACAGCGCACACACUCUAGGGUGUGAUUGUGAGCCUGUGGGCUUCUGUGCUGCUCUCUGUCUGGACAGCGCACACACUCUAGGGUGUGAGCCUGUGGGCUUCUGUGCUGCUCUCUGUCUGGACAGCGCACACACUCUAGGGUGUGAGCCUGUGGGCUUCUGUGCUGCUCUCUCUGGACAGCGCACACACUCUAGGGUCUGAGCCUGUGGGCUUCUGUGCUGCUCUCUGUCUGGACAGCGCACACACUCUAGGGUCUGAGCCUGUGGGCUUCUGUGCUGCUGCUCUCUCUGGACAGCGCACACACUCUAGGGUCUGAGCCUGUGGUUGUCAGUCCACAAGCAGUAAUGAAGCAGUCCCUGAGGGCGCCCUAUUACAGACACUUCACAAUUCGUGGAUGCUAGUGGGAGUGUUAUCCACGCUUGGUGACAAGGACCAGGUAUGUUGCAUCUAGACAGGGUUCCAAACUGACUCUUAUAAGUGGAAGGAAACGGAACUCACCGACAGAGUCCAGCCAAGAGAGACCUCACCUCCCUGGAGGAAGGAGCUAAGGAGAGGAGAGAAGUCCCAGGGACACCCCAGGCUCUGGGUGCCUUGGUGCAGGCUUAGAUGUUUGUAGCCCAGGACAAACUGGUUCUUUGCCCGUCGCUGGCUGCUGUUCUGGAGGGCGCUGCUUGCACAGCGGCUUACAGGAAACAGUGCAAACAGAGCCUGAAUUGAAGGUGCUUUCCUGCUCAGGGCUGCCUGUCCGCUGUUAGCCGGUGGGAGCAGCCCAUCACGGGCUUAGGCAGAAAGCUUUUGGUUUGGGUUGCUUUUGCCUCAGCAAGCCUCACCUUGACAGGAACUCUGCCUUUUGACAGGCUCUCCUUUUUGGGGGUAGAGACAUCUGGGUCAUCUGAAGUCGACUUCCCUCUCAGCCCCAGAUGCUGCACAGACUCCACGGGAGUCAUAGGGUUGUGGUUCCUGUUCUCCGUGAACCCCUGUCUAGUCACCGUGUGUUCCCCCUCCCCUGCCUGUUUCCACUCUGCCUCCUACAUUCCCGCCUCCAGAUGGAGAUGCAAGUGAGAGUCUGUGGAGAGACAGGAAGCCUGGCGUCAGGGAUAGAGAGGGUGGCAGCUUUGGAAUCCCAUCCCUUGCCCUGCCUUGGCUCAGCACGCAGGGGAAGCAGCACUUUGGUUGUCAGCACUACUUGGGUUCAAGGGCCACAGCCAGCAGGCCUAAGCAAGUGGCUGUUUGAAGUGUAGGAGGUGGGCUGAGGUGGGGAAGUGGCUGUCCAUCUGCAGGUGCCCUGUGUGUGUCAUGGGCUGCAUGCCCACUUUCAUUCAGUCCUGUAUGGUGCUGCUCCCUGUGGGAGCCUCCUGUAACACUUCAGGCUCUCUCCUGUGUGUUUGACAGGAAUGACGUGUGGCCAAGGCUUUUCAUGGCCAGGGGUGCUCUCUGCCAUCAGCUGUGUCCAGCAAACACUUGCUAAGCUGUUGCUCCUGUCUGACUGUCUCCCCCAGGUCUGGGGCCACUCCAUCUGUGUGCUGUGAGAGCCCAGAAUGAUGGAGAAAGAGAAACCAGGGUGCCCUUGAGAGAUGAGGUAGGAGAAAGGAAUGCACAGGUCAGCCAACCCAGUGGCCUGGAGGUCAGCUUGGCUCUUCCACUCAGGCCUGGGCCACAGUAGAAGUCCCUGCCUGCACUCCUCAGUGCCCUUAGUGAGGAUUGCGUGUGGUCACAGAGGGGACUGUUGAGUGUGUACAGGGAGAAAGGGUUACACACAGGGUGUGUGCAGCGGGCAGCAGGCUGCACCAGCAUUCAAGCAUCUACACGGUGGCUUUAUGCUGCUGUAGUAUGAAGCCCCUUGCCUUCAUUCCAGAAAGGAAAUGGCUCCUUUCAUUCCUGGAUCUGCCUCACGGCUUCUGUGCAUGGAGCCCCUGAUACAGUCAGCAUCAGCAGACCUGCUUCAGGGCCAAGGAAGCUGGUGUUGUAAGCUCUCUCCAGUCUCAACAAGGAAAGGCCCUAUGUCCCACCAUGUCUGGCCACCCAGAACAGGGUUAUCACUCUUCCUCCUCUCCCUCCUCUCCUCCCUCCCUCCCUCCUCCUCCUCCUCCUCCUCCUCUCCCUGUUUUGUUUUGUUUUGUUUUUCAAUACAGGAUUUCUCUAGCCCUGGCUGUCCUGGAACUUGCUCUGUAGACCAGGCCGUCCUUGAACUCAUGGAGGUCCACCUGCCUCUGCCUCCCAAGUGCUGAGAUUAAAGGCGUGUGCCACCACCACCUGGCUGGCACUGUCACUCUUGCAUUGCUGGGGAGAUAGAUAUCAGCAGGACAGUGUGGAAAGCGGUUUGGUGUCCACAUCUGGGAGUAGUGGGCUAGGGGAAUGUCGGCAUUCAUGAAGCCCUGGGCAGGUGUGGCCCUCUGCUGCUUUUUAUCUUAAGGUAAAAUGAAAUCCAUUCUUUCUUUCCCUUUGAGCCGUGUUUACUGCGUACAUCUGACCUUGGUCCUUAUGUCGGUAUGAUCCUUUGAUUCAGGAAUGUUAUGAGUUCUUUGUAUAACUCAGCCUCUAGGAUUUGAUUUGACUUUAAUGGGCUUUUCUAGUAAGAACAUAAAAACUGCGGCUAGUUUCAGCAAAUUCAGUUACCCUCAGAGUCACCCUCAGUCUGUGCUGCCCACGUUAUAAACUACUUUUCCAUCAACAACAAAGAUCUAUUUUGAGUCCAUGAUGGGCACAUUCUAACUUUCACAUGCUCAAACUGAAACAUGUGUCAACAUGCAGAUUUUAUACAGCUCUUUAUAUACUGUGUAUAUUAAAAUUAAAAUGAUGUGAGGUGGCUUAAGAGUGUGGAGAAUAAAUCUAAAGUGUUUACUAA